UCCAACCGGAACGGAUCAGCCUCGGCGUUAGCCACCACCCGCCGGCCGCCGCCUAGCGCCACCCACCAACCUUCCCCGCACAGACGCCGUGCGCACUGCGCCGCCGCCAUUAAAAAACCCGAGCCACGGGCAGCGCCCGGCAGAUCCCCACCGCCCGCUCCUCAUCUCCGACCUCCCCCGCACCACGGGAUCGACCCGGCGCGCGCCAGCUGCAGCGGCUGUCCAAAAACACACAUAAAAAACGGCAAAGCGAAGCGCCCCACUUGUUCGGACGACUCUGCGCGCUCCGGAUCCCACCCCCACACACAAGUCAAAGUCACGCCUCAGCUCUGCCGAGGCCGGCAUUGGUGGUGUGGUGCGCGGCGGAGAUGGCGGCGGAGCGGGACAUCGACGACCUGCCGCGGAACGACGCCAACUACACGGCGCUCACGCCGCUCUGGUUCCUCGAGCGCGCCGCGCUGACCCACCCGGCCAGGGCCUCCGUCGUGCACGGGCCCGUGCGCUACACCUGGGCCGACACCUACACCCGCUGCCGCCGCCUCGCCUCCGCCCUCGCGCGCCGAUCCGUCGGCCACGGAAGCACGGUAGCUGUAAUAGCCCCAAAUAUCCCAGCGAUUUAUGAAGCUCAUUUUGGAGUGCCCAUGGCUGGGGCAGUGGUCAAUUGCGUCAACAUUCGAUUAAAUGCUGCCACUGUAGCAUUUCUCUUAGAGCACUCCUCAGCAGAAGUUGUCAUGGUUGACCAAGAAUUUUUCACCCUGGCAGAGGAUUCUUUGAGGAUUAUCGCUGAUCAAAAGAAAGGUGCUUUCAAACAGCCACUUCUGAUAGUUAUUGGUGACCCAACUUGCGAUCCAACGACCCUCCAAGAUGCUUUGAGAAAAGGAGCCAUCGAGUAUGAGGCAUUCUUGGAAAGUGGAGAUCCUGAAUUUGCUUGGAAACCACCACAGGAUGAAUGGAAGAGUAUCGCACUAGGUUAUACUUCUGGGACAACUUCUAACCCAAAGGGUGUGGUAUUGCAUCACAGGGGAGCUUACCUAAUGUCACUGAGUGGUGCUUUGAUAUGGGGAAUGAACGAAGGCGCUGUCUACUUGUGGACUUUGCCAAUGUUCCAUUGCAAUGGCUGGUGCUAUACAUGGACACUUGCUGCUCUUUGUGGGACAAGUAUAUGUCUUCGUCAGGUUUCAGCGAAGGCCAUCUUCUCAGCAAUAGCCAACCAGGGCGUGACUCACUUCUGCGGGGCACCGGUCGUCCUGAACACCAUCGUCAACGCCCCUCCGGCCGACACGAUUCUCCCCCUGCCUCGUGUCGUCGACGUCAUGACUGCUGGCGCUGCUCCGCCACCCUCUGUGCUGGCGGCAAUGUCGAAGCUUGGGUUCCGCAUCACUCACACCUACGGCCUAUCGGAGACCUAUGGACCAUCCACGGUGUGCGCCUGGAAGCCGGAAUGGGACAGCCUGCCAGCCGACGAGCGCGCCCGCCUCCACGCGCGCCAGGGCGUCCGGUACGUCGGCCUGGAGGGCCUUGACGUCGUGGACCCGCAGACGAUGGCGCCCGUCCCGGCCGACGGCACCACGAUGGGGGAGAUCGUGAUGCGCGGGAACGGCGUCAUGAAGGGGUACCUGAAGAACCCCAGGGCGAACGCGGAGGCGUUCGAGAACGGGUGGUUCCACUCGGGCGACCUGGGCGUGCGGCACGGCGACGGGUACGUCGAGGUGAGGGACCGCGCCAAGGACAUCAUCAUCUCCGGCGGGGAGAACAUCAGCAGCCUGGAGGUGGAGAAGGCGGUGUACCUGCACCCGGCGGUGCUGGAGGCGUCGGUCGUGGCCCGCGCCGACGAGCAGUGGGGGGAGUCGCCGUGCGCGUUCGUGACGCUCAAGGACGCCGCCGUGGAUCGCUCCGACGAGGCGGCGCUGGCGCGAGACAUCAUGGCGUUCUGCCGCGAGAGGCUGCCCGGCUACUGGGUGCCCAAGUCCGUGGUGUUCGGGCCGCUGCCCAAGACGGCCACCGGCAAGAUCAAGAAGCAUGAGCUCAGGGCCAAGGCCAAGGAACUGGGUCCCGUCCGGAAGAGCAGGAUGUGAAUGUGAAUGUGAUCGACCUCGUCUCUUGCUUUGCUCCCAGUAUACUCUGUAUUCGUAGGAGGGAUGGAAGUUGUAAUACUAUGCGCAAACUGCGUUUCUUCUGUAUAACAUCCGAUCCCUACUGUACGACCAACACAGACCCAUAAACCGUGUUUUGUCUGUGAAACAGAUAGGGUCUGAACUUUGUAACGAACUCGCGACUGGUAUUCCAAGGGCAUGGUACUGGUUAGACAGUUAAGAAGUUCUCAACAAAUUACCCAAAUGCUAUUUCUCUGGCACGGUAAAACCGUGAAACUACACAUGGAAUAUUCGAGAUGUAUAUGAACAGAA